GUAGAUUUUCCUUCUUCUAGCUGUACUGACUGACCUUUGACCUCAUGUGUUGAUGACUCUUCACCUCUGUCUACUCUCACAGGGAGAAGAUGAUCUGCAGGAUCCUGCUGCUCAUCAUCCUCACCUCAUGUGUCUCUGGAUCAUUUGUAGUCAAUGUGACACAGACCUCCUAUCAGGCAGAGGAGAACCACAACAUCACACUGGAGUGGACGUUCACCACCAACCCUGACAGAUCCACCAAAACUCUCAACAUCCUCUGUGAACUCUUCAUCAGUGAUAAAUCCUCAGUCCUGUAUCAUGUUCAUGAAGGUGUUGAAGUGUCAGAGUCUCAGGAUGAAGAGUUUUCAGGACGAGUCCAGAGUGACAAAGAUGCCCUCAGAGAAGGACGAAUCAGACUCCAGCUGUCCAGACUCAGGACUGAUGACUCAGGUCUGUACCUGUGUGAGGUGAACACUGAUUAUGGCUUCACCUCUGCCAGCUAUAAAUUUUGUAUCACUAGGUUCUUGCUGAUCAGCGCUGGCUUGGCUCUGGCUUGUCGAAGAAUAAAGAAAGCAGAAACGGCUUUUCAAAUCCCCACAAGGCUGCCCGCUAUGUUGAUUGGAACGAUGGAGCGAGCCGUGGCUUCUCAGAAUGGGCUCAUUAGACGCAGCACGGAUAAGAUCUUGGAGAAGCUUGCAGCUGCUGUGAGUGCUGAGACUCUGACAACAUCUGACAACAUCUCGGAGAGGCUCACAGCUGUCGUGAACACUCAUACUCUAUGA